ACCAACUCAAAAGCUGACACCAUGCCCGUCCCCAAAGCCGCUGCCCAACACAAAGUGUACCCCCGGCUCGCAACUCCACAGAAACAGAGAGGCACUCGCGUCGGUCGGUUGCUCCGGCGAGAUCGAUCAUCUUACCCCGCCAUGGCCGAGGAGGCGCAGGCGCUGGGGCUGGCUCUGGGUCUGGGAGCGGAAAGCUCGCCGGGGACGACGACGGUCGAGGUGACUCGUUCGGGGGCGUCCAGGCGGCGCAGGUCACCCCGUCUGGAGCGCGCGCGCCGGCAGACCAUGUCCGUGCUCUUCGACGAGCUGGGCGCGCUGCUCCCCGACCUCCCCCCUCGGGCGUGCAGGGCGGACGUCGUCGACGGGGCCAUCGCGUACGUCAGGGCGCUGGAGGACACGGCCGCCGAGCUCGAGGCGCACAGGGCGAUGUCGGCCGGGCGGAGCCGCCGCGCGCGCGGCGGCAGCGCCGAGGUCGUCGCGGCCGGGGAGACGUCGUGCUUCGCCGUCCGGCUGCGCGCGGCAAGGCCGGGCGCGCUCACGCGCGUGCUCCAGGUGUUCCAGCGGCACCGCGUGCCCGUCCUGGCGGCCACCGUCUCGCGAAACGGCGGGGAGGCGGCGGUCACGGUCACCACGGCGGUGGUGGCGCCGGCGGUCGCGGGGAAGAUCGAGGCAGAUAUUAUUAGCUGCAAUGCAUGA